GUCACCCGUUGUCUCAUGGGCACGAGCGCGGCCCAGAGCAGAGCCAUGGCAGCGGAUUCCAAUACAGGGAAAAUUGCCAUGGCCGUGGCCGUCAUGAGCCGCCGCUUGACUUGCUUAGGCUUAGGCUUUCGCCGCCGCGUGAUGAGAGCCGCGUCAAACGACUUAGGUCUCGAUAUUUUGCAGCAGAAGGUAGAGCUACAGACUCCUUAUGGCCGUGUGGAGGUGGUGGCACUGCGACCAUCUGACGAAAAGCUGUCAGCUGUAUUGGUGAAUGUGGGUUGCUACUACACUCUGGCGGACACGCUGGAGAGGGUGGAAGGUCCAAGAUACGUUGCGCAGGGAUAUGCCUAUGUCCUCUGGCGAGCUACAGGGCCGCUGGAAGAGGUGGCAGAUCAAGUCUUUCAGCGAUGGCGAGACGAUGCUUCGGUCGUAUUGGAUUGGCUCGGGGAACAGCCUUGGUGUGAUGGUCGCGUCGGCUGCCAUGGCUACAGCCUGCUGGGCAACACAUCCUACGCUACCCUGGCUGCCUCUCACGCCACAGACGCACCAGCAUCGAGACCUUUGGUGAAGUGCGUCGUUCCUGCCAUCUCCUUCUCUCGGAUCCAGCCCACUGUCUUCGUGCGGGGGCAAAGCCUUGCUGCUGAGCUGGCGCUAAGAUUCUUAUGGUUGGCCGAGGUCGGCUUGCGCCAGGGUCGGCUGGUGGGUUUCAGCUACAUUUGGAACAUGUUUGGCUUCUUUGGUCUUCCGGACUGGCCAGGACUGGGCUCCGCCCUGGCACAGCGUCCAGUGGGCGACGCAGAUGUGGACCUUUGGGGCCGAGCAAACACCUUGUGGAAAGGUGGCCAGACGUCAAGGCAUCCGUCUGACUCUUUCUGGGAUGGCCGGGACAGGCAGUUCCAAUUCGAUGGACUCCGUGGACCGGCUCACAUACACGUCAUUGCUGGCUGGAACGAUAUGUUUCUGCUUCAGAGUUUGGAUGACUAUGUCGAAGCAAGUCGGGUCGCUGACACACGACUCACCAUCUACACGGGUGGUCACUUCGGAGUUGUGAUGAACCACGCAGGGGAGGUGGCAGCCGAGACGGGACGCUGCUAUCGCGAGCACUUGGCAGGUGAUGCCCCAGACACACGAAAGGCGGUGAGAAUGCAAUUGAUCACGGAGAAGGAAGAGGAGUGGUUGGAGUGUGACCAGUGGCCGCCACCGACAGAGUCUCACCUGGAGAUGUUCCUGCAGGGUGAAGGCACAACAGGCAGCUUGCUGCGACAGCCGGGCAAAGCACACCUUAGCUACACCUAUGACCCGAAGGACCCAACGCCCUAUGCUGGAGAUGGCUGGCUGAAUCUUCAGAAGGAUGGUCCCCAGGAACAACGAGGUCUGGAAGCCUCGCGAACGAAGGAUCUCCUGCUGUUGAGCUCUGAGCCCUUGGAGGAAGACCUGGACAUCGUUGGAGAGGUCAGCGUCUCGCUGUCAGUCCGGUGCAGUGCGUCUGAAUGCGAUGUGCUGGCUCGGCUUUGUGUAGUGCGAAGCCCCAAGCAGGGAUGGCUCAGUCCUCUGAGUCCCCUGAAUGGCAUAGCAGAUCCUCGAGGUCUGGGAAGUGGGCGAUCUGUAAACCUGUGCGAGAACAUUGCGAGAGCUCAAUUUCACAAGGACCAGGUGAAACGCCUGGACCUUUCCAUCGGUUUCACGGCCUGUCGUCUCGAGAAAGGCGACUGCCUUCGCCUCCACAUCUGUUCUGCGGCACAUCCGCGAUGGCUGCGGCAUCCGCUGCAGCCGCAGGGAGAAGAUUGGCUGCUGGGUGACAGCGAGGUGGGUGCCCCAGCAGAAGUCGUCGUGGAAAGUCCUUCGUGCCUCAAGUUGCCUUUGCGCAGCAGGGCUGUGACCAGUGGAUGA